CGCAGGCUCCGCGCCCCAGGCCCGGCUCGCGCAGGGCCUGCUCAGCCUCCAUGAAGGGCUCCCGGGCCACCAGCGGUCCCUCCGGCGCCCCCGAGGGCAGCUCAGAAGGGGUGGACCUAAGCCUGACCGGCCUCCCUCCACCCGUGACCUGGCGCCCCAACAGUGCCUCCGCCGCCAAGCCCAUCGCCCACUCCUUCUCCGUGGUCACGGGCAGUGAGCCGAGGAGGAAGGCGCUGGUGAGUGAGGGGCCCGGAGGUUCCCGAACCAUCAACAACCUUCGCAGAUCUAACAGCACCACGCAGGUCCACCAGCCGCCAGCCAGCCAGGCCUGGACCGGCCCCCUCAGGCCGGCCGGGCGCCCCCACUUCCUGACCCUCUUCGAGGGCAGCUCCGCUGGGAGAAAGAGGCUGGCUGGUCUGAGCAAGGCUCCCAGCGAGAAGGGAGCCACGUGGAACGUCCUGGACGACCAGCCCAGGGCCUUCACCUUGCCACCCGACUCCCGGAGUCCUAGGACCGUCGACGCGCCGGUGGGCCCACGGAAGAGAGAGUGCACCGUUCCCCUGGCCCCCAACUUCACUGCCAACAACAGGAGCAACAAGGGCGCGGUGGGCAACUGCGUAACUAGCAUGCUGCACAACUACUAUGCCCCCCCGGACAAGGCGCCGCCCCCCAAGAGCUCCAACCACACGGCUCCCUCUCUCAACAACAUCCUCAAGGCGGCCGCCGGUGGGGGGGAGAGCAGCAGCUCCGCGAAACCGCACAAGAACUUGGCCGGCAGCAGCCACGCGGCCCAGAACAGCGCUGGGGGCGCCCCAGGCCCGCUCAGACGGAAGGAGGUGACAGAGGAGGAGGCCGAGAGGUUUAUCCACCAGGUGAACCAGGCCGCUGUCACCAUCCAGCGAUGGUACCGCCAGCAGGUGCGGCGGCGCCGAGCCCGAGCUGCCUGCCGAGAGCACCUGCUAGCAUCCAAGCAAGAGGAGCAGCGGCAGCAGCUGGGAGAGGGGCUCCUGGGCCUGCACCAGCAGAAGGAGGCGGCCAGGAGGAAGGUCCGGGAGGAGAAGGCGCGCCAGGCCAGGCGAGCGGCCAUUCAGGAGCUGCAGCAGAAGCGAGCCCAGAAGUCAGGUGACCGUGAGCCUGGGCUGCUGAAGGAGGCCCGGGAGCCGGAGAAGCCCCGGCCUGCCCGGGAGCCGGCCCCCAGACCGGGGGGCACCACUCACGCCCCGCAGACCCACAAGGCCAACAACGCCGGGGCCGGCUUCCGAACCGCGGGCCCAGAGGACCCCUGCCAGUCUGCCUCCAACUCAUCCCCAGAGCCCCGGAAGUUUCCAGACGACAAGCCUCAGGAUGCCAGCUCCCGGGAUGUGGCCAGUGAGGAUCUGGAGGUGGUGGGCCCCGCGAGGGCCAGGGCUGAGUCCAGGGCAACCCUGGAUGAGCUGCUGGACACACUCAAGCUGCUGGAGGAGGAACCCGAGCCGCUGCCCUGCCCCAGGGCCUACCACAAGGACAAAUACUCCUGGAGCGACGAGGAGGACGAUGCCAGCUCGCUGACCGCUGACAACCUGGAGAAAUUUGGGAAGCUCAGCACGUGCACCGGUCUCCCCGAAGAUGGGACUCUGCUGUCCGAGGCCAAGCUGCAGAGUAUCAUGAGCUUUCUGCACGAGAUGGAGGUGGAGAAGUUGGGGCAGGACCGGCCGGCCUCAGCGCCCCAGGUGUGGAGGGGCCCCAGGGAGGGACAGCAGCCCACGUCCAUGGGGAGCGCAUCUGUGAUGCGGCUGAAGCUGGAGGUGGAGGAGAAGAAGCAGGCCGUGGGGCUGCUGCAGAGAGCUCUGGUGCAGCAGCGGGACCUGACCGUGCGGCGGGUCAAGGAGACUGAGAAGGAGCUGGGCCGGCAGCUGCGCCAGCAGAGGGACCACUACGAGGCCACCAUCCAGCGGCACCUGUCCUUCAUCGACCAGCUGAUUGAGGACAAGAAGGCCCUGGCUGACAGGUGUGAGGCUGCCCUGGCAGAGCUGAAGCUGGGGAACGAGAGGUGCAAGGAUAGGGAGGCCCAGGUGCAGGAGCAGCACGAGCUGGAGAUUAAGAAACUCAAAGAACUAAUGAGCGCCACCGAGAAAGUCCGCAGGGAGAAGUGGAUCAAUGAGAAAACCCGAAAAAUCAAGGAGAUUACAGUCCGAGGCCUGGAGCCUGAGAUCCAGAAGCUGAUCGCCAAGCACAAGCAGGAGGUGAAGAAGCUCAAGAGCUUGCAUGAGGCAGAGCUGCUGCGGGCAGACUCACGGGCGGCCCAGCGAUUUGGGCGCCAGGUGGAGGAGCUUCGGGAGCACCUGCAGCGGGAGAAGGAAGCGCUGGGCCAGCAGGAGCGGGAGCGCGCCCAGCAGCGCUUUGAGCAGCACGUGGAGCAGGAGCAGCGGGCCCUUCAGCAGCAGCGGCGGCGGCUCUACGGCGAGGUGGCCGAGGAGAAGGAGCGGCUGGGCCAGCAGGCGGCCAGGCAGCGGGCGGAGCUGGAGGAACUGCGGCAGCAGCUGGAGGAGAGCAGCGCGGCCGAGGGCCGGGCUCUCAGGGCCGAGUUCGAGAAGGGGAGAGAGGAGCAGGAGUGCCGGCACCAGAUGGAGAUGAAGACCCUGAAGGACCAGCUGGAGGCCGAACGACAGAUGUGGGAGGCCAGCUGUGCCAAGAAGGAGGAAGCAUGGCUACUGAACCGGGAACGGGAGCUGAGGGAGGAGAUCCGGAGAGACCGGGAUAAGGAGAUCGAGCUGGUUAUCCACCGGCUGGAGGCCGACAUGACGCGCGCCAGGGAGGAGAGCGAGAGGGCCGCGGAGAGCCGUGUCCAGCGCAUCCGGGACAAGUACGACACGGAGCUCUCGGAGCUGGAGCAGUCUGAGCGGAAGCUGCAGGAGCGGUGCACCGAACUGAAGGGGCGCCUUGGGGAGGCAGAGGGGGAGAGCGAGCGUCUGCAGGGCCUGGUGCGGCAGAAGGAAAAGGAGCUGGCCCACUUGACGGCGGUGAACGAGCAGCUGGUCAGCGAGAGGGGCAGCCUGGCGGAGGUGCUCCGCCAGGAGUUUGCGGACCGGCUGGCAGCCUCCGAGGAGGAGACCCGGCAGCUCAGGGCCGAGCUGGCUGAGCUGCGGGCCCGCCAGCGGCUGGAGCUGGAGCAGCUCACGCGGGAGAAGCAGGCCGAGCUGCAGGAGGUGCACGGGAGGGUGAAGUUGGCCCUGGCGAAGAAGGAGGAGGCCGUGCGCAGCCUCCGGAAACAGCAUGAGGCCGCGGUGAAGCGGGCCGACCACCUGGAAGAGCUGUUGGAGCAGCGCAGGUGGCCGUUCCCGAGCGCCAAGUGACCGCCCACCGCCCACAGCGCAGACGGGCCCACAACAGCUAGGCCGGGGGUCCCUGGUGUGAGGUGGACCCCAGCCCGGCCCCGGCCCCACCGCCCCCUUCCAUCCCUGUGCCCUGGGCUCCGUCAUCCUGACGCUAGAAUGCCAUGGCUGCAUUUGAACAGUAAAGAGGUGUUUUUAGUA